AUUGCGGCAGCCUUCCCCAUGAGCCCGUAAAAACUAACAAAUAGCGCGGGGGCGGGCGGAGGAGGUUUUAGAGAGGUUUUUUUCUUCUUGUGCACAGGUACUUCGUCCGCUCAAACGUUAUCCUCAUUGCUCACUCACAGAAAUGGCUUCAACAAAUUCCUUUCCACAGAGACCUCAAGCCCAACUCCCAUCCACACAGCGAACAUCUCCAUGGUCACACACCUCCAAUCUUCACAAAACCCAGUCCAUCCUCUUCUCUUCUCCUUCAAUCCUAAUCUCUCGCUCAUUCAAACCAACCAAUCCCUCUCACACUUCUCUCACCCCAAAGGCUCAAUCUCAGUGCCAAACUCUCUCAUACUCAAUCCGUGAAAAUUCCAUCAGCACCCUGCAUGAUCCCAUCGAUUUGCUGAACCCCACCACUCCUGUUCGCCCCCAGGACUCAAUUCGGAGGAUAUUCGCCCAAGACCCGCCAUGGAUGAUUCCUUUAAUCUCGUUGAGAAGCUUGUACGCGAGAAGCAAAGAGAAAGCGAAGAUGGAUUCCGAAGUGGCUGAGAAGAGGAAGUAUAAUCUGCUGAGGCGGCGGCAAAUUAAGGCAGAGACGGAGGCGUGGGAGAGGAUGGUGGAGCAGUAUAGGGAGAUGGAGAGGAAAAUGUGCGAGGAAAGGCUCGCUCCGAACUUGCCGUACGGGGAGUCCUUGCUUUUGGGGUGGUUUGAGCCGUUUAGGGACGCGAUAGCGAAGGAGCAGGGGAGGCAGCAGUCAAAGAAGCGGAGGGCUGCGUUUGCACCGCGCAUUGAUUCGUUGCCGCCAGACAAGAUGGCGGUUAUUGUGAUGCACAAGAUGUUGGGGCUAGUUAUGGAUAGGAAUGAAGAUGGGUGUGUUCGCGUUGUUCGGGCUGCAAUGCAGAUCGGCAUGGCAAUUGAGCAGGAGGCUAGGAUUCAUAGAUACUUGGAGAAAACUAAAAGGAUACCAAGAAAGAGGAUUGUGCCUGGUACUGAAGUUAGUUUAAGUAUGGAGAAGCAGAGAAGGAAACGAGUUAAUAGUAUGAUUAAAAGGAAAAAACUUUCUGAGGUGCAAAAACUAUUGAAAAAUGAAGAAUUUAAGCCUUGGGGUCGAGAUAUACAGGCUAAGCUGGGAAGUUGUCUGAUAGAAUUAUUAGUACAAACAGCUUAUGUGCAACAUCCAGUUAACCAGGCUGCUGACUGCCCACCUGAUGUUCGACCUGCAUUUAGGCACACAUUUAAAACUGUAACAAGGGAUCCUGGGCUGAAGACUGGGAAGAAGUAUGGAGUUAUAGAAUGUGAUCCCUUAGUUGUUGAAGGGAUUGAUCAAUCUGCUAAGCAUGCAACGAUUCCUUAUAUGCCGAUGUUAAUACCUCCAAAGAAAUGGAAAGGGUCUAACAAUGGCGGGUACUUGUUCUUACCGUCUUAUGUCAUGCGUACUCAUGGGUCAAGUAAGCAAGAAGAAGCACUUAGGAGGGUUCCAGCGAAAAAUAUGCAAAAAGUGUUUGAGGCCCUGGAUACACUUGGAAGCACUAAAUGGAGGGUAAACAGAAGAGUACUUAAUGUGGUGGAGAGCAUUUGGGCUAGAGGUGGCAAUCUUGCAGGUCUGGUCGAUCGUGAAGAUCUUCCUAUUCCAGAGAAGCCAUUAUCAGAGGAUAUAUCAGAGAUGCAGAAGUGGAAAUGGAGUGUGAAAAAUGCAAGAAAGAUAAAUCGGGAAAGGCAUUCUUUACGACUUGACAUUGAAAUUAAGCUUUCUCAGGUGACUCAGAAAAUGAAAGACGAAGAAGGCUUUUAUUAUCCUCACAAUGUUGAUUUCCGAGGUCGUGCCUAUCCCAUGCACCCACAUUUGAAUUAUCAUUGUUCUGAUAUAUGUCGAGGUGUUCUUGAGUUUGCUGAAGGACGACCUUUAGGGAAAUCUGGGUUACGUUGGCUGAAGAUACAUUUAGCAAACCUGUAUUCAGGUGGUGUUGAAAAACUUUCACAUGAUGGGCGCCUAGAGUUUGUGGAUAAUCAUCUGGAUGAUAUAUUUGACUCAGCAGACAAUCCUCUCCAUGGAAAUCGCUGGUGGUUAAAUGCUGAAGAACCUUUUCAGUGCUUAGCUGCUUGCAUCAAUCUUUCAGAAGCCCUCAAAAGCUCAUCACCUUGUUCUUUCAUUUCCCACCUGCCAAUACAUCAGGAUGGUUCAUGCAAUGGCCUACAGCACUAUGCAGCGCUGGGCAGAGACUCUUUGGAAGCAGCUGCAGUCAACUUAGUUGCUGGAGAUAAACCUGCUGAUGUUUACUCAGAAAUAGCUGCAAGGGUUCAAAAUAUCUUCAAAAGGGACAGCAACAAGGACCCUGCAGUCGAUCCCAAUGCAUUAUUAGCUAAAAUCUUAAUUGACCAGGUGGAUCGAAAAUUAGUGAAACAGACGGUGAUGACUUCAGUAUAUGGUGUUACUUAUGUAGGGGCACGUGAGCAAAUAACUAGAAGAUUGGAGGAAAAGGGUCAUAUCACUGAUGAUAGGCUCCUAUUCAGUGCAGCCUGCUAUGCUGCCAAAGUGACAUUGACAGCCCUUGGAGAGUUGUUUCAAGCUGCUCGCGGCAUAAUGUGUUGGCUUGGUGAUUGCGCGAGGGUUAUUGCAUCAGAUAAUCAACCUGUUCGGUGGACGACUCCUCUAGGCCUCCCUGUUGUGCAACCCUACUGUAAAAGUGAGCGGCAUCUUAUAAGAACAUCGCUUCAAAUUUUGGCACUGCAGCGAGAGAGUAAUUUUGUUGAUGUUAGAAAACAGAGAAGUGCAUUCUCACCUAAUUUUGUACACUCACUUGAUGGUUCACACAUGAUGAUGACUGCCGUUGCCUGCAGAGAUGCCGGUUUGUGUUUUGCAGGAGUGCAUGACUCCUUCUGGACACAUGCAUGUGAUGUGGACAAGAUGAAUUUGAUUCUUCGUGACAAAUUCAUAGAGCUUUACAGUGUUCCAAUACUUGAAAAUUUGCUUGAAAGCUUCCACAAAUCAUAUCCAACAUUAACAUUUCCUUCCCUCCCAGAGAGAGGCAACUUCAAUGUGCAAGAAGUUCUUAAAUCUCCAUACUUUUUCCAUUGAUCCUUCAGGCACCAUCAACAUUAGCACAUACCAUUUGCACAAAUGUGAUUGUGAGCUUCGAAAGCAUUGACCACUGAAGUGGGAUAUAUAAUGCUUUAGUUGGGUAACAUUGAGUGUUGCAGGGACUAGGAAAAACUAAACACUUGUGACAACCCCUGAAAAUACGCCAUUCCGAAAACGAUGCUGAAGCUGUUUUAAUGUUGUGAUUAAGAUGUCCCCUACAAAUAUGCAAUACUAAGAACAUGCUGAAGCUGUUUUUAUGUUGGGAUUAAGGUCAACUCAUGCCAGUCUUCAUUUGAAAGAUGGAGCUGCCUGGUUCCUUGGAAGGUUAUGACCAAAGAAACUCAUCUUGUACUUCGAUUGAGUUCUCUCUGAAAUCUUUAAAUUUGAAGUGCAGUGGCUGAACUUUCUCGAGGCAGAGCAUAAAUGGUGCAUGCUUUUGCAACAUCUGAUUCUGUUCUUGGGGAGCUGAGCAUUGGUUUUCUGGUCUGAAUUGUUUCGUCAUGCUGCUAAAGAGGUUCUUGUUUUUGAAUUAAUCAAGUUGUUGGUUGUGUGUCCAGAAUAAUGAUUAAACUAGGGAUUAACUGUACAAAACUGUGCAUGGUUCUGAUGUCUCCAUAUUUGUUGUAUGAAUAUAGAAAAAGGGUGUUAGAGGAAAGAUACAAUCUACGCUAAUGUAUUUUUUGCAGCUAAUGUUUUAUGCAAGUGCCUAGAUGUUUUAUCAGGCACAAGGCUCUUUUUUAUGGACAAACGUAAUUAAGCUAUGAUGAGUUCGUCCA